AUCCAAUCAUAGUUCUGUUGAACUAAUACCAUUAUCACAAAGCUAUAAUAUUAAUAGGAGUUAUGGUAGUAUUUUGAACUUUUUCCAUUUUCUGAAAAGAAUUAAUGGCGAAGAUAAGAUAAAAUUAAUUUAAAAGACAAUGUCUGAUAACGAAGAUCGUCAAAGUAUUCCAGUGAACAUAAGAUAUUCUAGGGGUUUUUCAUUUUUACGUUUACAAUUACCAACUACAAAUGAAUUUAGCGGUGUGAGGAGGCCACAAAGAUCUCAUAGCCAAGGUUUUCUAACAGGUUUAUCAAAUCGUUUACCAUCAUUUUCUAUAACUGGACCAAUAUAUGAUGAUAGUCAAAUAUCAAAUAAUACCACAAACAAAAGGUUCAGUUUCGCCAAUUUCAGAAAAUUUUCAUCAUCGAACUUGCACCCUAGCGAUUCAAUGGUGUCAUUGUGCUACAGAGCCUUACACAACUAUAUUUCAGAAAACAAUCUUGAAGGUCUUCAAGGUUUUCUAGAUAAUCGCCGAGUUCUUGUGGAUGAUCGAGAUGAUAAUGGUGCCACUGCGCUGCAUUUUGCUGCAAGUAAAGGAAAAUUACAAUUUGUCACAGAGUUAAUUAAUCAUGGUUCAGAUGUGAAUGUUGAAGACAAUGAUAAUUGGACUGCUCUUAUAUGUGCAGCUAAAGAAGGCCACAUUGAUAUUUGCAUAGAACUAUUAAGUCAUGGUGCAGACAUUGAACAUAGAGAUAUGGGUGGAUGGACUCCACUUAUAUGGUGCAGUUAUUGUGGUCAUACAAAUUUAGCUAAUGUGUUAUUGGAUAGAGGCGCUGACAUAAAUGCCCAUGGAAAUUUUCAUAUAACUGCCUUAGUAUGGGCUUCUGGUAGGGGUCAUACAGAGCUAGCAUGUAAUUUAAUAGCACGGGGUGCUAAAGUUAAUGUUGGUGAUAAGUAUGGAACAUCUGCGUUAGUUUGGGCAUGUCGAAAAGGUGAUAUUGAAUUGGUCGAUACAUUGCUAAGAGCAGGUGCUAAUGUAGAUACUGCUGGAAUGUACUCAUGGACUCCAUUACUAGUAUCUGCUAUAGGAAAUCAUACUGAAGUUGUUAAUCUCCUACUUGAACGAAAACCUAAUGUUAAUGCUUUAGAUCAAGAUGGCUGCACUGCAUUAACUAUUGCAUGUAAAGAAGGAUAUUAUGAUAUUGCAAACUCUUUAUUGAACUCUGGAGCUUAUAUUAAUAUCCAGGUUAAAUUUGUAUACAAAAAUAUAUUUAAUAAUGUCAAAGGUGGACAUCGGAACAUAGUAGAAGCUCUUCUAAAAAAAUAUGCAGAUGUUGAUGUGAUGGGAAAAGAACGUAAAACAGCAUUGUAUAUUGCUGUAGAAAAAGGAAAUAUAGCCAUCAUAAAGUUAUUACUGAGUGCAAAUCCUGACUUAGAAAUUUCAACUAAAGAUGGUGAUACUGCUCUCAUGCGAGCUGUUAGAAAUCGAAAUUCUGAAGCUGUACAACUUUUAAUUGAAAAACGUGCUCGAGUGUCAGCCACAGAUAAACGUGGUGAUACUGCAUUACAUAUUGCAAUGAGAGCAAGAGCUAGAGGCAUUGUAGAGAUUUUACUUCGUAACCCAAAAAAUAGUCAAUUGUUAUACAGACCUAAUAGAGCUGGUGAAACACCAUAUAAUAUGGAUGUCAAUGCUCAAAAGCCAAUUCUAAGUCAAAUAUUUGGUUCAAGAAGAUUAAACACUAAUGAAGAUAAUGAGAACUUAUUGGGUUAUGACCUAUAUAGUAGUGCAAUGGCUGAUAUGUUAAGUGAACCCACAUUAUCAAUGCCAAUUACUGUUGGAUUAUAUGCUAAAUGGGGUAGUGGGAAGUCAUUUUUACUUAACAAAUUGAGAGAGGAAAUGAAAAAUUUUGCUCAUCAAUGGACUGAUCCGUUUUUUCAAUUUCCUUGGUUGAUAUUGGGUGUGAUUCUUCAUUUAAGUUUUGUUGCUGGAGCAUUAGUUAUUGUAUUAACCCAAUCAACAUAUUUAGCUGUUGCAACUACAGUUAUUUUGUUGAGUGCAGUUUUCAUAUUUCUAAUUAUAAUAUUUUACUGUAGCCAUAGACUGGAUUGGGCCUAUAAUUCUAUUAAUUACCUAACUCAAAAAAUGAUAACUACCAGAAUUAUUCUACAAAUAAUUUUUUGUCAUCCACCAGGAUCAAGCUGGGGUUCUACAGUAUCAGCACAACCCAUAAGAUUUUAUUUUACUGACCAAACAAGAGUGAGUAGUACAACACCCGGUGAAAGCACAAUCAUUCAAAUGAUUGGUUCCUUGUAUGAUUCUAUUGAAAAGGAUUUUGGCUCACUUUCUACUCGAUUGUAUCGAGCAUUUCGUCCAAAACCUGUGAAACAAAAUUCACCUUGGAAAUGGCGAAAACUAUGUUGUAUGCCAAAUAUAUUAUUAUUUGAACUGGCUUUUAUAUGUAGUUUGUUAGGUUCUAUUGUUAUUGCCAUUAACUAUGGAAAAAUUUCUCUUAAUGAUGAAAAUAUUUCUUUUGACCAAGCCAUUGGAAAUAUAAUACUUUUUAGCUGUGGAUUAUUUAUACUAUUUCUAGUUAUUGGUAACUUGUAUACUUUCAGUCAAUUAAUACAGUCUUUAAUAUUUUCACAAAGGAAACAAGUUAGGAGAACUACAUCUAAAUUAGAUACACUAAAAUCUGAAGGAUUUAUUCAAGCAUUAAGAUCAGAAGUAAAUUUGAUGACUGAAAUGGUUAAAUGUUUAGAUGCUUUUACUCAGCAACAAACUAGAUUAGUAAUUGUUAUUGAUGGACUUGAUUCUUGUGAACAAGAUAAAAUACUUCUCUUGUUAGAUGCUGUGCGUAUGCUUUUUUCCGAACAAAACACUCCUUUUAUUGUUGUUUUGGCCAUAGAUCCUCAUGCUAUAUCUCAGGUCAUUGAAAAUAAUAGUCGUAGAUUAUUCAAUGAUAUGAACUUUUCUGGUCAUGAAUAUUUAAGGAAUAUGGUUCACCUUCCUUUCUUUUUACAAAAUUCUGGUUUGCGAAAAGUGAAAUUGGCUCAAAAGUCUUCUCAGUUACAUAGGAAAAGUGUUACUAACCAAUUGGAUGAAUGUGGAAUAGUUCAUUCAUCAUCAACGCGAAGAUUAUCAAAUGAAUCAACCACUUUAAAACCUAUUAUGGGGUCAUCUAGUGGUUUAAGCAGAAGCAAGGGAAAUAUUAGUUCUACAAGAAACAAACUGAAAUCAAGUGAAAGUAUAGCUAGUAGUAUAGCCAGCAAUAUUCAUAGAUUGGGAGGGCCACAAGAUCUUUCUAAAAUUCUACUAACUGAUGAUUAUUUUAGUGAUGUUAAUCCAAGAAGUAUGAGACGUCUCAUGAAUAUUGUUUAUAUAACAGGACGUUUAUUAAAAGCUUUCCACCUUGAAUUUAAUUGGUAUCACUUAGCUAGCUGGAUAAACAUUACAGAACAAUGGCCCUACAGAAUAUCCUGGAUGAUUAUUUACCAUGAUACUAAUGAGGACACUAUUGAUGAUUCUAUGUCACUAAAAACACUUUAUGAAAAAGUACGGCGUCAAAUACAAGCUACCAAGGAAAUAGAUACAUUAAUAGAAAUGGAUAAAGAUGAAAAGAAACUUGAAAUUUUCUUAACUUUCCAUCGUAGCACAUUAUUAGUCAGUGACCUAAGAGUUUUUCUGCCAUUCACAAUCAACUUAGAUCCAUAUUUGAGAAAAAUAAUUAAAGAUGAAAUGCAAAAUUCUGAAGACUUAACUAACUUGAAUGGUAUAAAUCGUCCAAUAAUAACUCACAAUGAAGUUCAAGCACGGAGAAUAAACAACCAAUUACUGAAAAGACAGAAAAUUAGUGCCAAAUUGUCUAGUAAACAACAAGAAAAUCUUCAACAAAAUAUGAUAAUUCAAGAAAAUCACUCUCCCCUUUGGAAUCAAGAUCAUUUUUCUAAUCGCUGGCAUGCAACAGCUGUAGAGCUUCCAUACUUUCAACAACUUCCAACUUCAUACAUAUCAGAAGAACUUAUCAAUAUUAGAUUAUCUUCAUGUAGUGUUGAUGAUGUUUGUAAAUUGUUAACAAAAAUAAAAGAUCUGCAAGAAUCUAAUAUUGCAAAAUACACUCAAAUCAUAAAAGAAAAUAAUCUAACUGGAUGUGUAAUUUUACAUUGCAAUUUAAAUGACUUAAAAAAUGUUUUAAAAAUGAACUUUGGUGACUGGGAAUUGUUUCGUAUUGUGUUAUUAGCUUUACGUGAAAAAGAAUAUUUGAGUAAUAGUGAAAUCACCUUUAACCCUAUAGUCAAACAUUCAAGAUCAAAUAGUUCAAAAAGCAAUACUCCAGAUAGAAGAGGAAGUUCUGUAAAUAAUAGUAAUAGCAAUCAAACCACAGCAUCAAAUGAGAAUGAUUCAAAAAACAAUAAAAUCUCAUCUAUGGAAAAACAAGUAACAUUAGAAGAACAAAUGAUUUGUGGAGCUUUGCAAACCCUUAAUGAAGAAGCAUGUGAAGAUGUUAUGGAGGAAUCUGAAGAACAGGGAACAAUUACUACUGCAACAUACCUGCAAAUCCCUCAUCAACCUAUUGAUAUAAUAACAGGUGAUGGAUCUGUAUGCAGUACUGCUUCAAGUACAGAUAAUGGAGGUGACGUAGAUGUCUUUUUACUCCAAAGUUCACCACAUCAUAAUAUUGUUCAACAUCCUUUUCUAUAUGAUGGUCUCUGUUCAGCACCAAUUAAUUCUUUGAACAGUACUCCAAUAACUACUAGAAAGACUAAUACUGACUACAAAGCUUGUAUUGUUACAACUGCAAAUGAAAAAAAUGGCAAACCAUUACAUCUUAAAUCAGUCAAAAGACCUGCAUCGUUAGUUAUGAACAGACAUGAUGAAACUGAAACAGUACUAGAAACAAAAAAUCCUAACCAAGCUAAUAGUAUUAUUAAGCAUGGUAUUGCAGGUUCAGUAGGCAUGUUAAGCUGUUUAGUAGCAAGCACUAGUUGGAUACAACCACCAUCAGUAACAAUAUCUCCAGUAUGUAGCAAUGAAAAAUUGUCUACGAGUCCUCCACAAGAUAAAAGCCAUUCAUCAGCAGUGUGUGCAACUGGAAGUAGUGAUGAUGAAAGUACACCAUUAGUAUCAGAUAUGUCUUCACCUCAGUCUGAUCAUUUACAAUCAAAUGUUGAGAGGUCCGAUAAAGUUUAUACAUUUAAUGGGAUGUAUUAUAAAGAAAACUCACAACAUUCACUAACAUCACAAUUGUCAUCAAAAAGUACAGAAUCAUUACAACUGAGAUCUGAAGGAGGUGGAUGUUCUCACAAUGAAAAUAUUGAUUUAUUUUAUGAAACUAAUUUGAAUCAUUCUAUAUCACGACAAAAAUCAAUUGAUAGUAACAUUAGUGCUACAAUAACUACUUAUGACUGGAAUGAUCCAGAAACUAUGGUUUAAAAUAAAAGUCAACCUUAUCUUUCAUUAUCAAACAUAAAUUUAAAUUGAAAUACCAAGUGUUUUUUGUAGUAAUUUUUAUUUUUUUUUAUUUAAUAAUUAAUAAUUAUUUAACAAUUUUUAUUAGUUUAAUACAAAAAUUUAUGUAACAAAAACAUUAAGUGAUAUUUUUACUAAUUCAGCAAUUAUUUUUAUGUUCAGUGAUUUU